AUGCCGCCCCCACCCAUCAACACCGGCGCCGGCCACGCCUACGCCCCGGUGCACCAGCAACAGAUGUACCAGCAGCAGCAGCAGCAGCAGCCGCCGCCGGGGUACGGUAACCCGAUGCAGCCGCAGGCGUACGGAUAUGGCGCGCCGCAGGUGGGCGCGCACCCACCGUAUGCGCAGCAGCAGCAACGGCUCGCUGAGGUGGAGGGGAGUAACCGGAGUAAGGCGCAGUUGAUUGUGGGCAUUGACUUUGGCACGACUUUCUCCGGUGUCGCUUUUGCGUUUGCGACCAAUACUGAGGCGAAGGAGGAUAUCAUUGUGGAAUGGCCUGGCGCGGGCACGCAGACGAAGCAAAAGAUCCCCACCGUCUUGUAUUACGACCAGCAUCAGCAAGUCGUUGGCUGGGGUCCCGACAUCGCGGAAGCGCUUGCGCCUACCGGCUACCCCAAGCCUGGCGUACAGAAAGUGGAAUGGUUCAAGCUGCAGCUAAUGAUGAGCGGAAACACCUACAUAGAUCCCAUCAACCUCCCGCCACUCCCCCCGGGAAAGUCCGAAAUCGACGUCGCCGCCGACUACCUCUUCAAACUGCGCCAAGCCAUGCGCAACCAGCUGCAAAAGACAUUGGGGGAAGUCUUCAACCGUGAAGAGCGCAACAUCCGCUACUUCCUCACCGUCCCCGCCAUCUGGAACGACGCUGGCAAAGCCGCCACCCGCGCCGCCGCCAUCCAAGCCGGCUUCCUGCGCGACGAAAACGACAACCGCCUAACCCUCAUCACCGAGCCCGAAGCCGCCGCCAUGUUCUGCUCCAAAACGGGCCUGCUGAACCUCAAAGUCCACGACGCCGUCCUGAUCGUCGACUGCGGCGGCGGCACCGUCGACCUGAUCGCCUACGAAGUCGAGGAGGAAUCCCCCUUCACCGUCGCCGAAUGCACGGCCGGUUCGGGCGACUCCUGCGGUUCCACAGCCCUGAACCGCAACUUCUCCAACAUCCUCCGCGCGAAGAUCCGGAAAAUGAAGUUACCCGACGGCUCCAAGACGGCGGGGAAGGUGUACGCGAAGUGCAUUAUGGACUUCGAGAACCGGAUAAAAGCCGACUUCCGCAAUAAUGGGCAGAAGUGGGCGGUGGAUGUCGGCAUUGAGGCCGAGUUCCCGGAGGCGGGGAUCGAAGAGGGUUAUAUGACGUUCACGAACGAGGAGAUUCUGCAGUGCUUUGAGCCGGUGGUGAAUCGCAUUUUGGAGCUGGUUAGGAACCAGAUUAUCGCCAUUCAGGCGCAGAAUCGGCUGUUGCAGAACGUCCUCGUCGUCGGCGGCUUCGGCGCCUCGGAAUACCUCUUCCAGCAAAUCAAACUCCACGUCCCGCCGCAAUUCCAGAACAAAGUCGUCCGCCCCAUGGACUCCGUCGCCGCCAUCGUCAAAGGCGCCGUCACGGCCGGCAUUACCGAACGCGUCAUCACGUCGCGUGUGGCGCGUCGGCACUACCUCAUGGCCACGCUGCAACCGUUCAAGGAAGGCCAUCACCCGGAACAGUACCGCGUGCCGAGUCUGGAUGGCAAGGAUCGGUGUAAGUAUACCCGCCAGAUCUUCGUGCAGAAGGGGCAAAGAGUGAAGAUUGGCGAGCCGGUGAAGGUGAGCUUUUUCCGCCAGGUCGCCCCCGGCGCGACGUUGAUGUAUGAGGAUGUGCUGUAUGCUUGUGAUGAGGAUGUUUGUCCGGAGUACACUAAGGAUCCGCGGAUCAAGGAAGUCGUGACGCUCACUUCGGAUUUGAGUCGGAAGAACCUGGAAAAGGACUUCGAACGCAUGGACACGCCGCAGGGGACUUUCUACCGCGUCUACUUCGACAUCUACCUCACGCUCGACGGGUCCGAGUUCAACGCCGAGUUGGUCUGUCAGGGCGAGGUGAUGGGGAGGUGUUCGGCGCGGUUCCGAUAA